AUGUCGGGUCUACUCGAAAGCUACAUAACGGGUGAACUCAUUCACAUGAGUUAUCUCAACACAAUCGAUGGGUUUUGCGAUGCGUUAAAGCAUUUUCAUGAGACGAACACCGCUUUCAUCAAUACUAUGAUUAAAACUCAUGCAAACGACGACUAUUGGCAUCAAUUAGGGCUCGUCUACGACCAGAUCAGGGGUUUAGAGGACGGCUAUAAGUAUUGGAAAAUUGAUAAUCACGUCAUUCAAGAAACUGAUGAAAUAAAUGUGAUGAGCAAAAUCUGGUGGUUAAACAUACUUGCUGAAACUUAUGAGCUCGAGGCAAUACUCACACCCAACUCAACCACAAUACCAUAUCGAGACCAUUGCUCAGCUUUGGUCAAAGUAUUGCCCGACGGCAGUGACCUGUAUGUGGCCCACAAUACGUGGACCAAUUAUAAAUCAAUGCUCCGGGUGUUGAAACAAUAUAGCUUCGCAUUCAAUAGCCUAACAACGGGUGCUUUAAUACCCGGCCAUUCGGUGGCCAUGUCUUCAUACCCGGGGUCUGUCUUUUCUGGCGACGACUAUUACGUGCUGUCGUCCGGACUCGUGGUUCAGGAGACGACUGAUCAUAUUUGGGACACAUCACUGUUCGCGAGGGUACGGCCCGAUCGGGUGGUCGUUGAGUUUGCCCGCAAUGUUGUGGCCAAUCGGUUGGCCACUGGUGGCCGUCAGUGGACAGAGAUAUUUGGUCGCUAUAAUAGCGGCACUUAUAAUAACAAGUUCAUGAUUGUUGACUAUAAACUAUUCACCAAGGGCACACCUGUUACUCAAUUAUCUGAUGAUUUACUCUGGGUAUGCGAGCAAAUUCCCGGCAAUAUAACAGGGGCAGAUUUGACCAUGCUGUUAAGAAAUACCGGCUAUUUUGGCUCAUAUAAUAACCUGUAUUUCAAAAAUAUACUUGAUAUAAGCGGUUGGUCGGACAUGAUCAGAAAAUACGGUGACAUUUAUGAUUACGACAAAACCGCGCGGGCGGUUAUAUUUCACCGUGAGCAACUUAACGUGACAGAUUUGAACACGUUGUAUUCAUUUAUGCGCUACAACGACUUUGAGCAUGAUCCAUUAUCACUGUGCAGUCAUUACCAUCUUGAUUGUCAGCCCGACUACUCUAGCUGUCUAACCAUUGCGGGUAGGCUUGACUUGAACUCACCCACUGGUCACUACCCGAUAGGAAAUGGUCACGAGUAUAGUGGGGCUAUUGAUGCCAAACUGACCAAUACAGAAAUGUCGAGUCUGUUAGAGAUGUUGGCCGUGAGUGGGCCCACACAUCGUAAUUACCCGCCGUUCCGCUGGUCGACCAGUGGUGCCGGCGCUGAUGUGCGCCAUACGGGUCAGCCCGAUGUGUUUGAUUUCAAACCCAUUUAUACCAAGUGGUACCCAAACGAGUGA